UCCCGUCUAAAAGAAGAUCUCUCCUCGUGUGCUCGAGACGACAUUUCACUCGCGCGGCGAUAUUGAUCAAUGAUAUUUUAUUGCUUCAUGUAAUCUCGGGAGAAUCCUUUUAGUACACACGGAGUGACGCAUGUGCACAUGUGUGUGUGUGUGCGUGUGUCGCGUGAAAUACCAAGAGGUUGAGGUUUUCGCUUUAAUUCGUGAGUCAUCGCGGACGGGCCUAUUAUUUUCGUUUUGUUGACAAUUUCUAGUAUUCGAUCGCGAAAGAUAACGAUUACUUUUUUUUUUUUUUUCAAUAGUCUUUGACAAUAGCAAUUGUCGAGAGGUUUUCACGUGCGAACCUUGUUGUCGACAGGAUCUCGUCAGUUGUUAUCAGUUCUCUGUUGCACACAGAGACACGACGUAAGCGACGAGUGCUGUGAGAAAACAAUUAAUUACAUUUGCAAUUGAUUGAAGAACAUUGCUGAACUCGGUCAAAAUGGAUGCUGGAUUUUCAUCCUACCACAACGGUGGUCCUGCUCGGGAGCAGGAUUUUGGUAGACUGUCUCAAACCAUCGGGACCUCGAUAUUGAAAAUAUCCCAGAAUGUAUCUUCCAUGCAGAAGAUGGUCAAUCAGUUGGGUAGUUCCACUGAUUCUCAGGAGCUCAGAAAUCAGCUUCACCAGAUACAGCAUUAUACACAGCAGUUGGCAAAAGAUACCAGUGUUCAUCUUCGAGACCUAGCUAUAUUAGCAAGUAACUCUGGCUCCACAAGCCCUGGCGAACAGAGGCAGCGUAAAAUGCAAAAAGAACGUCUUCAAGAAGAAUUUACAAGCGCAUUGAACUCUUUCCAAGCGGUGCAAAGACUGGCUGCUGCUAAGGAAAAGGAAAUGGUCAGAAAGGCCAAGGCUAGCGCGGGCAUCCCGCCGUUUGGAGAAAAGAAGCAGGAAACACUUAUAGAACUGCAAAACAGUAGAUAUUCGAACGAUGCGAAACUACAGCAACAGGAACAGCUGCAGGAACAAAUGAACCUACGUAUGUUGGAGGAACAAGAAGCCAGUAUAAGACAAUUAGAGAGCAAUAUUAGCGACAUCAAUCAAAUAUUCAAAGAUAUCGGAGCGUUGGUGUACGAUCAGGGAGAAGUAAUUGAUUCUAUAGAAGCCUCAGUUGAGAGAACUGAGGUGUCCGUUACCGAAGGUGCUGCGCAAGUAAGACAAGCAAGCAUGUAUCAGACCAAAUUGCGUAAAAAGAAGUGUAUUCUCUUGGUGAUAGGAGUUGUCAUAUUGGCGAUUUUGAUUGGAAUCAUAGCCUGGAAAAGCUAAAUGUAAAUAUAAUUUAUAUAUAGCAUUUAUUUUAUAUAUAUAUUUAUACAAUAGUGUACACACACACACAAACACACACACUCACACACAACCAUACAGAAUACUAAUAUGUAAUGCUAUAUAUAAAAAAAAAAAAAAUAAAUAAAAAAAAAACACCUGGCCUGGAAACG